AUGUCCAGCCUAGGAAACCAGAUCGGCUCGAAGGUUCGAACACUCGCAAACAUGGGCCAUCCGAACAUCGAGUUCGUCAUGGACGACAGCGAUGGACCAUGCCGCAUCAUCCCAAGCUACUCUACCAUGGAUACCAUCUCAGGACACGUUGCCAUCACUGUGCCAGCCGACACUCGGUUUGAGGACAUCGACAUUGCCUUCAUUGGUACAAGCCACACUUUUGUCGACAGAGUCACCACAACACCUUCCAUGACAGGACGUUCUGAAUCCACCCAUCGCUUCCUGACACUGCGGCAGCCGGUCGACGAAUCUUGCUUCCCAUCACCGAGGAUCUUUGAGGCUGGAAGGACGUACAGGUUUCCAUUCUUCUUCAACAUCCCGGAAAGACUGCUUCCUAAGGCAUGCACACACGAUGUCGUAGCAGACCAUGUUCACGAUCAACACCUAAUGCUCCCACCGAGCUUAGGCGAUGCCGACCUAUCUGGCUUUGGAAGCCGACUGCUUGAUGAUCUUGCGCCAGAAAUGGCGAAGAUCACUUACGGAGUGAAGGUCAGAAUUGCUCAGCGAGGGUUCUUAGACAACGUCAUCCACGUCAUCGGGGAGCGAAUGAAGGCAGUCCGAGUGAAGCCUGCCUUCGAUGAGCAAGCUCCCCUUAACAUCGAUGGCAACGACGAAUACAGACCCAAGCAAGAGAAGACGAUCAAGAAGGGGCUGUUCAAAGGCAAGCUGGGCACACUGACUGCUCAGACCAUACAGCCGAAGCCGUUCAGCAUUCCGGGGGCUCGCACUUCAAACAACAAACCGAUUACUACAGUAGCCAAGCUGGUGCUACGCUUCGAUCCCGCAGAAGAAGGGGCACAGCCGCCAGCCCUAAGCUCGCUGCACACAAAGCUCAAGGUGUCUACCUUUUACGCAACAACACCCAUGCACAACCUGCCCUCUCGAACACACUUGGCUUUCGACAUGUCACAGGGUGUUUACGCCGAGAAUGUGGCGUUGAACAGCCUGUGCAUUACCAAGGCCAAAUGGGAGGAACACACUGCAGCUUCGAACCCCGCACCUGAAUGCCUCACGCGCCGCGACUCUGGCAUCUCCGACUGCUCUACGGCAAGCGAUACCGCGAAUGCUUUCGCAACCGGCAUCCUAGUGCCUUCCAGCAAUUACAAAAACGGCACUUUCUACACCGCACAAAUCCUUGUGCCGGUCACUCUCACUGAGAAGAAGAGUUUCAUCCCAACAUUCCACUCCUGCCUCAUCUCGCGCACGUACACGCUUGGCCUGCAAAUCGCUCCACAAGGAGGCUCGAACAUCAGCCUUAAGGUCCCAGUUCAAAUCUGCGCCAACGGUAGCGACACCGGCAUUGAGAAUGCACGAGCGCGCAGCGUCGAAGCCGUCAUGUACAGGGAGGCAGCAGACAUGUUUACACCCAGGAGUGUUGCACCGCCUAACUUCGACGGCACGAGAACCAAUGUACAGGCGAGAGACGAGCUGCCGCCCGACUAUGUGGCCUUUGCACCCUCCACCAGGGUGGCGGCGAGAUCGGGGGCAUCGGUUUAG